AUGGCCGCUUCAUCAUCAUCAUCAUCCUCAGUUCAGGCAAACCCUGAUUGCAUUCACUUCGACUUUAUGUCUCUAAUGGACCCAAUAAGCUACCCACUUCUACUUGCAUCUUCAUAUCACCUUUAUUUCAUGUCUGAGUCCAAACUUAAUAAUUAUAAGAAUGAUGGAAUCACCUUUACAAUGUCACCCCCUCAAAACUUAUCUCUUUCGAGCUCACCUUAUAUACAUCUAUUUGAUAAAACCCGAAAAAUCACUUCAUUAGGCAUGAAUCCUAUCUCUCAAAUGGAUGAUGCUUUUUUCUCUAAAAUUUUUGAACUAGAUAUCCCUUCAAUCCAUUCAUUUGUUCCAUCAAUUACACCAACUUUCUCUUCGACUCACAUGAAUAAUGUGAAUUGUAAUAUAGUAUCUGUACCAGAUGGUGGUUACAUGACAUCUAUGGAUGCCUCAAGCUCUGGCUUUUCAUUAAUUGAUAUGGGACUUAAAUCGCAAGCAGAUAUUUUGAAGGAUUUAAACAUGAUGAACAAUGAUAGCUGCAGUUGGCUAGAAAUCCCACCAAACGGACCCCCUAAAGAACUUGAAGAAUUUUGGGAUGAUUCAUAUACCAAACCACCCGAUCCUUCAACUGGCACAAUUUUUGAAUCAAUAGACAACCUACAAAGUGAGGUUCAGUGCUCUCAUCUUUCUUUACCAAAUGGUAAUGAUAUGACAUUUAUGGAUGACUUCACCUCUGGCUUUUUACCAAAUGAUAUGGAAGUCAUAUCACAAAACAAUGAUAUUGAGGGUGUAAACAUGAUGAUCAAUGAUAACUAG